CAAGAAUACAAUUUUCCACAAAGGGUUUGUUAACUCUUCCACGCAUCCACGGUUUUCGAGCCGUGUCUCAAGGGUAUCUUUUAGUCGAAGGGAGUUCUCUCGAUUGAUAGUAUUCAGUUUUUCUGCAGCCCGCAGGUAGUGUCGCCAUUAUUCGAAUUUUCAAAGAAUACAGCCCCUCGUGACAAACCGUCGCCACCACUUUCGACACAAGGAACGAGCAAUACUCUGCAGACAGCAUGGCCUCUAUAGCAGCCAGCAGGGUGCCGGCUUCUAGCCUUUCGGCACAUGCAGACACCAGCUCGACGCAUCCAUACACAUGCAAUACUUGCCAAGUGGCGUUCAGGAAUAGUGAACUUCAGAGGGGCCACAUGAGAAGUGACUGGCACCGUUACAACUUGAAGCGUCGUGUCACCUCCCUUCCACCUAUCUCAUCCGAAGUCUUUACUGAAAAGGUCCUUCAAGCCCAAGCCUCUUCUACUGCCGCAGCCACCAAGGCAGCUUACGAAAGGUCUUGCACCGUCUGCCAGCGCACAUACUUCAGUGAAAAUGCAUAUCAAAAUCAUGUAGGGAGCCAAAAGCACAAGGCAAAACUGGCCGAGGCAGGAGGCAAGCAAGUGGAUGAUGAAGCUAGUUCCGUGGUGAGUUCGACAUUCUCUCUUGGCGAACCAAUGGCCGCAAAUGAGGAUGUCGACUCGGACGCCGAACAAGAGUUCAAUGAAGUUGUUGAGGGUAUAAAGAAGACCAAUUUAAAGGAUGCUCCAGCAGAGACUCGAAGACCAUCACGACCCCACCAUUCCACCGCUCCUAAGAAUGAUGCAGAGUCCGAGGCAACAGCUUCGUCUGUCACGGCUGCUGAUGAUGAGACACCCGUCGAGACUCUUCUAAAGCGCUGUCUUUUCUGUAAUUAUGACUCGCCAUCGGUUCCCCUAAAUGCCGCUCAUAUGGAAAGGAUACACGGAAUGUUCAUUCCGGAGAAGCCAUAUUUAGUGGACCUUGAUGGAUUGAUCGGUUCUUUAUAUGAAAAGAUUCAUGAAUACCAUGAAUGCUUGUACUGCGGGAAGCUCAAGCCAAGCGUCUUCGGCCUGCAAACACAUAUGCGGGACAAGGGGCAUUGCAAAAUACCAUUUGAGACUGAAGAUGACCAGCUGGAGAUUGGAGAAUUCUAUGACUUCACCAGCACUUACUCCGAUGUUGAAGAUGAAUCGGAUUCUGAGGAUGCACUGCCAGGAAAGAACCGAAGUGGUGGUGUCAAACUAGGGGCUAAACGUGAAGCCAAGGCGGAUGGCGACGAGGACGGUGAUGGAUGGGAGACUGAUAGCUCGGAAUCAUCACUGGAUUCGGCAGAUCUCACAGCAGUGCCUCUUGAUCAACGGACUCACCAGUAUGAGAAGCUUGAUCAGCAUCCUCACCACUCACACUCGGAUCCUCGACCUCAUCACAAUAGGGAUGGAUGGCACUCCCAUGCACACAAGCAUGCUCAUGCAGUCUUCUAUUCUGAAUACGAACUCCACCUCCCUUCGGGACGUACUGCAGGCCACCGAUCAUUGAACAGAUAUUUCAGACAAAACCUCCACAACCAUCCAUCACCCGAGGAAAGACAGCAACUUGCGAUUGAAGCAGGUUCCGAUUCAGAAGGAGACCAAAGGGUAGCACGCCGUAAUGACAGAGAGCGUGGUAGAGCUCUCACUAGCCGUGCCAAUGGUGGAUGGGGAAUGAUUGGUGUUGCUCCUGAGAAGAAAAGAGAAGUCCAAGCGGCCGAGAAGAGAUCGAGGAAAGCGGAGGACCGCGAGAGACGCAAGUUCCAAUGGGGUAACAACAAGCAGAGCAACUUCCAAAAGCACUUCAGAGAUCCUUUGCUGCAAUGAUUGCAAACGGGGAAUAUGUUGUCUUUUGCGAGCAUUACUCUCUGUUACUCUUUGAUGAAUAGACUUCUCGAUUGAUGAUGAAUGGACUGUGGGACAGCAUAGAGAGGCUGCUUUAGAAUGGCGUUAGAAUGAAGAUACAAAUAACGAUUGAGUAACCGGUGCACCUA